GCGGAGAGAUCGCCCGUGAGGAGGGGCGAGGCGCGGUCCCCGACCCGAGCUGAGUCUCCGCGCUAUGCCGGCCGCCGCGCCGCCUCCGCUGCACCCCGCGGCCGAAUCCUGCUGCCCCUACAGCCACUGCCCGGGCUGCCAAAGAUUAUUUGACCAAUCAUCACAAAAUGCAAGCUCAAAAGUAAAAGAGGGGAGACUACAAGGGACUUGUCCUCCUGUUGGUCCUGGAAACUAUGGGAAACCAUGUUUAAGUGAAAGCAGCCACAGGUCCCCAUUAUUAAAUCCCCGUAAUGGUUUUCACACGAUACAUUCAGAGCACAGUCCUGUGAAGCCAAGGAUUAUUACAGUGGUAAAGCCUGGUGGACACACACUCAGAAGGAUAACCUUGCUUCUCAACAGGAGAUCAGUCCAGACAUUUGAGCAGCUGAUGGCUGACAUUUCAGAAGCUCUGGGAUUUCCACGUUGGAAGAAUGAUCGUGUCAGAAAGCUUUACAAUCUGAGAGGCAGAGAAAUCCGAAGUGUUUCCGACUUCUUCAGGGAAGGUGAUGCAUUCAUAGCUAUGGGGAGGGAGCCCCUCACUUUGAAGAACCUGGAAGUGGUAUUACAAGAACUUUUUCCUGAAAAUCCUUAUGCUGCCAGUGCUGCCAUUCAGAAGAACAAGGAGCAGUCCCAAAAAGUGAAGAGCAGGCUGUAUGAUAAGGCUUUGAAAGUAGACAGUGGCUUUGAUGAGGCAGAAGUUACCAAGAACUCCAGUGAUGGUUUGUCUCCAAGACUGGUAGCUGGACAUGAAGGUAAAAGCCAAGCCAAGCCAAAGCAAGAGGAAAAAAUGAAAACAAAAAAGAAGUGGACCAGAGAGAGCUGGGGUGGUGAACAAGGAGCAAAGCCUUCUAGAAAAACCCGAGAAAGCAAGAGGUACCUUAACUGUGAGAGGAGGCCUGAGGAGGAAUUAGAAGAGAGUUCAGAGGAGGUGGUGAGGUGUGAGAAGUGUGAACAGGAAAGGCAGGCCAGACAGAGGUUACAGAGGGAAAGACGAGCUGAGGUCUCAUUUGAGAACAGAGACCUGAACACAGGAGCAUGUCAGAGGUACCAUGUAGAAAGGAAUGCAAAAAUCAGGAGUUGCCAGAAACCUGCAGAAACUUGUUUGGAAGGUGAGGGGGUUGGUUGGAAAGAUAAUGGCUGUAGGAGGGUGUGGAAGCCCCUGCACAGGAAUGUUAGUGAAGGUCCAGAGAAGCAAAAGAAGAUCAUUGAGAAGGAAAGGGAUGUGGAGAAACAUGAAAACCAUGGGAAGGAAGUAGUAAAAGUCAAGAAAAAUUCUGUGGAAGGGCUGCAGCUAACUCAUGAAGUAAAGGAAGAGAGCGGAAGCAACUGUGUAAUGAACCAAAGUGGAUGGCUAAAGAAAGACACUCCGAGGGAUGCUGAGAAACCAUCAAAAGCACAUAGGGAGGGCAGAGAAGGACAUAGGGCUAAAGAGGAGGGUGCCAGAAGAGAGGGACAUAUCAUAUGUAGAGACAGUGAUGUGAUACGACGAGAAAAAACAGGGGAGCGCAGACUGAAUAAAGAAGAAACCAGGGCUCAGGGGCUGGAAAACACAAGCCGGAGGUAUGUUAUUAGAAACAGAACUGAUGUGGAGAAAUACUAUGAGAUUGGCAGAACUAUUGGGGAUGGGAACUUUGCAGUGGUGAAGGAAUGCCGCCACUGUGACUCCAAUCAAAUCUACGCCAUGAAAAUUGUUGAUAAAUCCAAGCUGAAGGGGAAAGAGGACAUGAUGGAAAGUGAAAUCCUGAUCAUUAGGAGUCUCUCUCAUCCCAAUAUAGUAAGCUUAAUAGAAGUGUAUGAGACAGAAGCUGAGAUCUACCUGAUCCUGGAGUAUGUCCCAGGAGGAGACUUAUUUGAUGCAAUCAUAGAAAGCGUGAAGUUCACAGAGCGUGAUGCUGCUGUCAUGAUCACUGACCUGUGUGAAGCACUGGUUUAUAUUCACAGCAAGAACAUUGUCCAUAGGGAUCUCAAACCAGAGAAUCUUUUGGUUCAGCAUAAUGCAGACAAAUCUACUACUCUGAAACUAGCAGAUUUUGGCCUUGCAAAGCAGGUUACAAAACCCAUAUUUACUGUGUGUGGAACACCAACAUAUGUUGCCCCUGAAAUACUUGCUGAGAAGGGCUAUGGGCUCGAAGUAGACAUGUGGGCAGCUGGUGUCAUCCUUUACAUCCUGCUCUGUGGUUUUCCCCCUUUUCGCAGUCAGGAGCGUGAUCAAGAAGAGCUAUUUCAGAUCAUACAGCUGGGUCACUAUGAGUUCCUUUCCCCAUACUGGGACAAUAUUUCUGCAGCAGCAAAAGACCUCAUAACCAGGCUGUUGAUAGUGGAUCCCCAGAAGCGCUACACAGCACGGCAAGUGCUUCAGCACCCUUGGAUCAGAACAGCUGGAAAAAAUAACAGCAGGAAUUUGCAGAGGGAAGUGACAAUAAAUAUUGAGCGUCAUUUCCGGGCCCAGCGCCGGAAGGAAGUUGCAGUUGAAGACACAUGAAAUCUCUUCAAGCUCUAAAUUUAGUCUUUUUAUUGAUUAUCAAAUUACUUAUCUUUUUUUAAAUAAUUGAGCCUUAGUGUAUAGCUGCUGCUGGGUAUUGCCAUGCCUUUUUUUUUUUUUUUUUUUUUUUUGACUCUGAAAUUCUGAAGGACAGAGAUCAAAUUUGCAUUCACUCCCCUGUGAUGUUGCUUGGAAGUCUCUCUGUUGACAGCAGUAGGGACUAGAUUUUUCCUGGAGGGUAUCUAUUAUUUGUCUUUAAACACUGUUUUUGGCUUUUACAUUACAAAACAUAUAUCUUUUAGACAACAAAUGUUUGCUUCUGUGUAAUGACUAUGAAAUACUUUCUCUUGUCUCUUUUUGUAUGUUCCCUUCCAGGAACUUUGUGUUAAGAAUGUUUUGUAUUUAUGAUGUUUUCAAAAUAGCUGUCUGCAUACAUAUCCUGCACUAAUUCUCUAAACUGCCUUUUCACCCUUUCUUGCUAGUAAUGGAGGAAGUGAAAGAAUUAAAAUAAAACAAACAACACUCUUGAGCUGUAGGAUGUGUUAAAGCAGCAAGAUGCUAUUAUUAGGUUUGAGGGAAGAAAAGUCCUUCUAGACUAAAUCAGAUACAGUAUUUCCCUUGGCAACAUCUUUCUUUGGAUGUUCUCAGGGCAAUGGACUAUACAAUUGAACUAUGGUAGUGCUCUGUAGUUUGGUAGUUUCACCUGUUUAUGAGAAGUGGAAGAUAUCAUGGCCAAUGCCUCUUCAAAACUUUAAUAAAAGCUUUCAAAUCCUUUUUUUUCCUACUCUGGGAAGUAGGAAGUUGAGCAAUUCUAAAGAAACUUUGUUUCUUUUCCCAAAGUUCUAUCUAGCUUUUUCUGUACUGACUUUUUUUUCUUAGGGAGCCAUUGUUGUGCACCUGUGACUCUUCUAUGCUGAGAAAGCAGGGAAGCUGCUUUUGUGUUUUAAGUUAACCCUUACAUUCAUGGUUCCCCUUUCAUCAAUGCACUUCAGAGAUUUAUUGCUUUUAUAUUGCUUUUUUUUAUUGCUUUUUCAGUGUAGUUUAGCAAGUUUUAAUUUUUUUUUCCAUGUUGCCUUUCCUGAGAACCUUUUCUCUUUGCUUCCAUGGGAAUGGGCAGUGGGAUUAAAUUAACAUUAAAGUCCAACUAGGGGAAAAACAAAAACGUCCAGUUGGAAGAGUCUCCCAGGGGAAGUGUCAGAUGCUUCAUUACAGAUUUUUUUUUAUAUUUUGAUUGGACACAGUUUUAAAGAAUUCCUGGGGGGAAAAAAAUCUAGUUCUUAGAAGGGCUGUGACCUAGAGCAGCUUUUGAAUCUGAGAAGUUUUGGUUAAUCCAAAAAUCACUUCCAUUGUCUGUUUUAUAAUGCUUUGUCAACAAGUUCCAUGUGCUAGCAAAUAAUAUUGAUGUAAACUUAUCAGUGGUAUUAGCAUUGAAUUCAUAGCUUACAGAAAUUAAUAAUAGAAUUUUACAGUUGCAGAGCUGCUGCUUUGCCAAUACAUUUCUUAGUGAGAAAUGUCAGAAGCACUUCAGAAUCAGUAGAACAUUUUCAGAACAAUAUGAACCAGAAUGUUAUUUUUGGUGGCUGCUAAUAUUUUGUGUGAACUUUGUGAAUUACCAGAAAGUGUGGGGUACUGUUAUCAUUUUUCUGUUUCAACUUGUGACAAUUUUGCUGCAAGAAUGAUUUAUGAAAGUAGAGAAAACUUGACACUUAAAGGAGAAUUGCACUUUAGAUUUAACUGGCUUAUUUUUUAAUACAUAUUGGGCUAAGACUUGCUGUGGAGUUCAAGCAUUUGUGAAACAAAUCAGCCAAAUCUUUACUGUAUGCCCAAGUAGUAUAUAUAUACAUAUAUAUAUAUAUAUAUAUAUGUUAUACCUCUGCUUCAGAGGCCCUGAAUCAGGAAGACAUUCCCUUAUCCUGAAAACAAGAAUGGAUUUAAUAGUUUUCCUGAAUUUAGGCUGUGUGUAACCUCUUAUUCUAGAUGCGUUAUAUGGUUUUUGAGUACUAGUAAUAACUCAUCCUCUGUUAAUUUAAGCUAUUUUCAAUAGGAAGCUGUGGAAAAAGAGCUUCUGAGUUGCAAUAUUAUAUUUUGUAAUUAUCUUUUUUUUAAUAUAGUCAUUUAAGAAUAAAGUUUGAAGUGAC